CGGAGCGCUCUCUCUCUCUCUCUCCAAAGCCUGCGCUCUGCAAUUCUGAAGCUCUCAAAUCUCUGCAUCGGCGCUCGCGCGUACGGAGCUUCGCUUCUCCUGAUCACGAGCUCGCUUCCUCUUCCGUCUUUCGCUCUGCGUCUCCUCGCUUUCGUUCCCUCGCGCGAGCGCUUGGUGUGCGCUUGUCGGGUGUCUGAGAGGUCCGGUUCGAUUUCGCGCGGGAGUCGGCGUUGUGUGUCACGGAUUCGAGACUCGCGAGCGGAGUACGAGCUUGCGAGUGCAACAUGUUCGCCUGAGUUUCCGCCGAGCUGUUGCAGAGAGGAGGAGGCCCGAGAUUCGCAGAGGCGGCGGUGGCGGCGAGCAUGGCGGCGGAGCAGCGUCGCCGGAUCGACGACGAGGUCGACGCCGGCGCUUACCGCUUGCAGAAGUUCAGGCUCUACGAGACUCGCUCGAAUUUCUACAUGAUCGGAAGGGACCAAAAAAGGACAUUUUGGAGAGUGUUGAAAAUUGAUCGAUCAGAACCUUCUGAGCUAAACAUUCUUGAGGAUCCUACCACUUAUACAGAGUAUGACUGUUGUGACCUGCUAAAACGGAUACAUGAAGGAAACAUUGCUAGUGGUGGCCUUAAGUUUGUGACUGCAUGCUACGGAAUUAUUGGGUUCAUCAAGUUCUUGGGGCCGUUUUACAUGCUGAUUAUUACAAAGAGAAGAAAGAUUGGUGAUAUCUGUGGCCAUGCUAUAUAUUCAAUCAGCAAGAGCGACAUGAUUCAACUCCCAUACUCUCAAGUGCAGACAAAUAUGGCUUUUUCUAAGAUUGAAAACAGAUACAAGAAGCUGCUGUGUGUGGUUGAUCUUACCAAGGACUUUUUCUUCAGCUACUCAUACGAUGUUAUGCGUAGUCUUCAGAAGAACUUGUGUGAUCAUGAGUCUGGCCAGACCCUCUACGAUACAAUGUUUGUCUGGAAUGAAUAUCUGACACGUGGAAUUCGGAAUAACCUCGGGAAUACUUUGUGGACAGUUGCAUUGGUACACGGGUUCUUUAAGCAGGUGAAGCUUUCUGUCUUGGGCAAGCAAUUCUGGUUCACCCUGAUCGCGAGACGCUCACGGCAUUAUGCUGGCACUAGAUACCUCAAAAGAGGGGUCAAUGAGAAAGGCAGAGUAGCUAAUGAUGUUGAGACAGAACAGAUUGUGAUUGAAGAUGUACCUGAAGGAUGCCCAGUGCAAAUCAGUUCUAUUGUGCAAAACCGGGGCUCAAUCCCUCUUUUGUGGUCACAAGAAACUUCACGAUUGAAUCUUAAACCUGAUAUAUCAUGUGUGGCUUGUGAAUAUAUGAAUUCCAUUUUUUGUUUGGUUCCCCAUAGCUUUACCAAUAUCUUCCCAUCUAACUCCAUCCUUUUUUUCCUUUCUUAUCCAGUAUCAAAUAGAGAUCCCAAUUAUGAAGCCACAAAACUUCACUUCGAAAAUCUUGUCAAAAGAUAUGGAAAUCCGAUAAUUAUACUAAACUUGAUCAAGACACAUGAAAAGAAGCCUCGAGAAACUAUACUUCGCGCAGAAUUCGCAAAUGCUAUCAGAUGUAUCAACAAAACCUUAUCUGAAGAGAAUCAUUUGCGGUUUUUGCAUUGGGAUCUGCACAAGCACUUCAGAAGCAAAGCUACCAACGUAUUGGAACUUCUCACCAAAGUGGCUGUCCAUGCAGUAAACUUGACUGGCAUUUUUUAUUGUCAAGUGUCUUCUAUUUCAAGGAUAGAGGGAUCACUGAUUUCAUCUUGCUUUGGGAAUAGCGAUACUUCUGACUGCAGUUCUCUGAAUUUCUCCAACAAUGGUGAUGAUGCGGACAGCUUGGAAACAGAAAUCAGCAGCAGUAGCAGCUGCUCAAAAUUGAAGUUGCCAAUGUUUCAGAAGGGGGUUUUAAGGACCAAUUGUAUAGACUGUCUAGAUCGCACAAAUGUGGCCCAAUAUGCAUAUGGUUUGGUUGCUUUGGGAAGGCAGCUGCACUCAAUAGGAUAUAUGGAAUCUGAAAACAUUGAGUUAGAUGAUCCUUUGGCAGAGGAUUUGAUGAGGAUUUAUGAGACAAUGGGUGACACACUUGCCCUGCAAUAUGGAGGUUCUGCUGCACAUAACAAGAUAUUUUCUGAGAGAAGAGGUCAGUGGAAAGCAGCUACACAGUCCCAGGAGUUUCUUAGAACUCUUCAACGAUAUUACAGCAAUGCGUAUGUAGAUGCAGAAAAACAGGAUGCCAUCAAUGUAUUUUUGGGAUAUUUUCAACCUCAACAAGGGAAGCCUGCUUUGUGGGAGCUGGAUUCAGACCAGCAUCCCAAUGUUGGAAGGCACAGUGCUAACUGUACUCAAGAGACUCGUAGGUCAUUUAUCAAAAGAUCAUUCUCUGAUGGUAAUAUUCUCCUGGAAACCAACACUCCAGUGGUGACCAAAAGUCUAGUUCGGAAUCAGCCACUAUCUGAGAUUGCAGAAGGGCCUAGAAAAGGUCUUUCAGAGUUGACGUUCCAGAUUUCGGCUUGUGAAAGUGACCUAUCUGAUGAAAGAUGUACACCUUCUCCGGAUCCUAUACAACUUUUUAAGGAUGUAAAAGAGGAUGACUGUCCUGAAAGUGAUUACAUUUGCCUUGACAGACAUGGCAAUGCAUGCAACUGUUCAAACUUUCUGGACGUGGAUUGGCUUUCUUCGUCGGGAAAUUCCUUUGAUGAAGAAAUAUAUGAAAGGUCAUCCAUCACUGGCGUGCCGCAGGAUAAUGAUGUGAAUGGACAAAAAUCAGCUUCAACCACAUCUGGAAGCAAGUCUUUAACUGGAAGGAAGGAAAAGAAUCAUGCAGGAACUCACACAGAUCGCGGCAAGACUCUAGCCGAAUAUUCCGAUGACUUCGUCCGUUGGGUUACUGAUGGAGAAAUGCUGUCCCUUUGAUCCUGGCUUUCUGACAAACUUGACAUUUACAAUAUUCAUCCGAUUCAGACCCGUCCGAAGGACUGGGUUUCUAACACAAGCAAUAAAACGGCGCCAAUCCCUCUCAAGUAGAAAAAGAGGGUGCCGCAUGUAAAUACCAUGUCGCAUUAGUUCGAUUUUUCACUCAUCCGCAGGAAUAAAUGGCAUCGUCAUCUGUAUCCCGCCAACAAUGCAUUGCAGCUUCUUUUCUGCCAAUUCUUGUACAUAAUUUUUUUUUUCUAUCAUUUGGAAUUUGGAGCUUCAGCAAAAA